GCAUAGGAGGCUGAACCGACGCAACAAAAGGAGGAAGUCACCUUUGAAAGUAGAGGGCACACCUGUGAUACUACCUGACAGUCAAAGAGAGCACAGAGUCGUUGCUGUGCUUUAAGGAUUAUGGCAAGGACUACUGCCAACGGCAACUUAAAACUAUACUUGAACAAGAACGGACUGAAAUGCGAAGAUAUCAAGAGAAACGGCUACCACAACAGGAGAGAGGAUUUUGUACCGCUUUAUCAAGAUUUUGAGAACUUUUACACUCGAAACCUGUACAUGAGGGUGCGAGACAACUGGAAUCGUCCCAUAUGCAGCCUGCCUGGACCUGUCUUUGACCUGAUGGAGAGGGUGUCUGAUGACUACAACUGGACAUUCAGGUUAACCGGGGGGACAAUACACAAGGUCAUCAACAUGGGCUCCUAUAACUACCUCGGUUUUGCUGAGAACAACGCUGAUUUCCUGAAAACUGUGGCAGAGAAAACGCGCCAGUAUGGGGUUGGGGUUGGCAGCACACGGCAGGAAAUGGGUAACCUGGGCAUCCAUGAAGAGCUGGAACAACUAGUGGCCAAUUUCCUCCAAGUAGAAUCCUCCAUGACCUUUGGAAUGGGUUUUGCCACCAACUCGAUGAACAUUCCAGCACUUGUUGGGAAGGGUUGUUUGAUACUGAGUGAUGAGCUCAAUCACACAUCUCUCAUCUUAGGGGCCAGACUGUCAGGGGCUGUAAUCCGGGUGUUCAAUCACAACAACAUGCACAGUCUGGAAAAGAUGCUAAGAGAGGCAGUUUCCUCAGGGCAGCCACGGACCCACAGGCCCUGGAAGAAGAUCCUCAUCAUGGUGGAAGGCAUCUAUAGCAUGGAGGGCUCGGUGGUGCGACUUCCUGAGAUCAUUGCUCUGAAGAAGAAGUAUAAAGCCUAUCUGUACCUGGACGAGGCCCACAGUAUCGGAGCAGUGGGACCAACUGGGAGGGGCGUGACCGAGCUGUAUAAUGUGAACCCCUCCGAUGUGGAUGUGAUGAUGGGCACCUUCACCAAGAGCUUUGGAGCUGCUGGAGGCUAUAUCGCAGGGAAAAAGGAGCUGGUGGACUACCUGCGCAGUCAUUCUCACAGUGCGGUAUACGCCACGGCCAUGUCCCCUCCAGUCACUGAGCAGAUCAUACGUGCCAUGAAGUGCAUCAUGGGAAAAGACAAGAGCACAGAAGGCAUUAGACGGAUCCAGAAACUGGCAGAGAACACCAGAUACUUCAGGGCCAGACUGAAAGAGAUGGGCUUCAUCAUCUACGGGAAUGAUGACUCACCUGUGGUUCCAAUCCUGCUCUACAUGCCAGGCAAAGUGGUGGCUUUCGCUCGAGAAAUGCUGGCGAGGAAAAUCGGUGUAGUGGUAGUCGGCUUUCCAGCCACGCCGAUUACAGAGGCCCGAGCUCGCUUUUGUCUGUCUGCAGCACACACCAGAGCCAUGCUAAAUCAGGUGCUGCACCAUAUGAACGAGGUGGGAGACCAUCUCUGUCUGAAGUUCUCCCGACUGAAAUAUUCCUCUUGUCCAAACCUCCAUGAUGACACAGACUUUGAGCUGCCCAGUUAAUAGGACCCUUGACACCUUCACCUCACAGUGUCAAAAUUAAGUCUGGUGUCCAUGCCACAGCAGACACAAACACACAACUUAAAGCAAGAGGGGCCAAAUGUUUAGCAGCUGCAUUUUAUACGUUUGUAAAACAUUAUGAUUACCUGUAAAUCUUAACGAGACUCUACAUGAACUAUUUAAAUGCUUUACUUCUGAAUACAUUUACAUGCGAAUACACAUUAAAUUAUUGCACAAGCGAGCUGGACUGUACCGUGUACAGUAAAAUAUCUUGAGUCACAUACUGUUAGUAGAGUUGUUGAGAGAACCUUUUUUACACAGUUAUUCUAUUUACACAUGUCUAUGCAUUUGACAUUGAAAACAUUUUAUGGAGGAGGUUUUUGCUUCUCAUAAAUUGAUAUCAGCCACCAUUUAUUACAAAUGCCGGUUGUGGUUAUUAUUAGUAUAUGAUGCACACGCUCUACAAAAUUGAUGUAAGGAGUCCCAUUAAUUUCCUGAACAUGAAGCGAUAGAAGUAAUGGAAAAGGCAUUUGUAGUUUGAAGUUGUUCCCCGAGUGUUAAGGUUAUUUUUUAUUUUCUUCGAAAAGAACACAAAAAACUGCACAUGAAAACUUCCUGAAAGGGUUUUGGAAUAGAAAGGUAGAUUAAUUAUCCAGAUGAGAGAAGGUUUCUUAAAGAACCACACCUUCUCUUUGGAACUGUGUUAAUUUCCUGACAAAACGUUUAUUCACAUUACUCAAGGCUGAACAUAUUAGGCAAAAGAUGAGCGAGAUGCCUUAUGUUGCGUUCCUUUGUGUACUGUUUUUAUAAAAACUUUCCUCCGUUUAACGCCACUUUCAUCUCCACAGCCAAUGAUAACCUUCCUGUAAAUAAUAGAUUGUGACGCAAUUACUUAACUGAGUUAAAUCUCAACAACCUCUGUGCAGAACAAAAAACGGUGUUAUGGCAAGUUUAGUGGCCAGACUGCUCACAUUCACCUAGUCUUAACGGCUUAAUUGUUGUUUUAAAGACCUGCUCUUCUCUUUCACACACAGACUGCGUAACAGUUGUGAAGGUAAGCAUGCAGAGUAUGCAGCACAUGAGCCAACACAAAUCUAACCUAGCAAUUAGCGCGUAUGGGGUAAUCAUUUGAUUGACACAGGAAGGAUUAUAGAUAGAUGAUAAAUGUGUUUUCACAAUGUGUCAGAUCGGUUCUAGUCGACACUUGUUUGCCCUCGGGACGUGUUUUUUUUCCUCCCCAUAAACAACAUGGUGAUGAAAUUUUACAUGGGAAUUUUAUAUCGAAUUAAAGGGAAAUAAGCAAUCCUGGGGGAAACAAAUGCUGGAUGAACUGCAAACUGUUUU